AUGGCUCAGAAUUCUGCCUCCCAGAACCCCAUUGGUGAGCCCACGGCUCCCAUGGCCGACCCCCCGCCGCAAGCCGACGAACAAACUCGCAACCAGAUUGCCGAUGCUGCGCUCAAGGAUCCCCAGGGCCAACACCAGGGUGGCCAAGAUGCCGCGGCUCCGAAGGUGAAAACUGAGAAGGAGUUGGAGCGCGAGCGCAAAAAGGCCGAGAAGGCAAAGAAGUUUGCCGAGAAACAGGCCAAGGCGGCAACCAAGCCGGCCGCUCCCAAGUCCGAGAAGAAGGUCAACAAGGUUGAGAAGGAGAAAACCACCGACGCAUACGAUCCUAAGGUGAUUGAGGCCGGCCGGCUGGAAUGGUGGGAGGAGCGGGAUCUCUUCAAGCCCGAAUUCGGGUCCGAUGGCAAGGUCAAGCCGGAAGGCUCCUUCGUCAUUCCCAUCCCGCCGCCCAAUGUGACUGGCUCCCUCCACAUGGGCCAUGCCUUGACAAAUGCCCUGCAAGAUACCAUGAUCCGCUGGCAACGAAUGAAGGGCAAGACGACACUCUGGCUUCCUGGAAUGGACCACGCUGGUAUCUCGACCCAGAGCGUCGUUGAGAAGACGCUGUGGAAGAAGGAAAAGAAGACCCGUCACGACGUGGGACGCCCGGCUUUGACGAAACUGAUCUGGGACUGGAAAGAUGAAUACCACAGCAACAUCAAGAACGCUCUUCGAAGAGUUGGUGGUUCGUUCGACUGGAGCCGCGAAGCCUUUACCAUGGAUCCCAACCUGUCCGCUGCCGUCACCGAGACCUUCGUUCGUCUUCACGAAGAGGGCAUUAUCUACCGUGCUAACCGUCUGGUCAACUGGUGUGUGGCUCUGAACACCUCCCUGUCCAACCUCGAGGUGGAGAACAAGGAGGUCGAAGGUCGUACACUGCUCGACGUGCCAGGCUACGAAAAGAAGGUCGAGUUCGGUGUUUUGACUCACUUCUGCUACGAGAUGGAUGAGACCAAGGAGCGCAUUGAGAUUGCCACUACCCGUCCUGAGACCAUGGUCGGUGACACUGGCAUUGCGGUCCACCCGACCGACAAGCGCUACCAGCACUUGAUCGGUAAAAACGCGCGACACCCGUUUGUGAACCGCCUGCUCCCUAUUGUUGCCGAUGAGGGUGUGGACCCCGAGUUCGGUACUGGUGCCGUCAAAAUCACCCCGGCCCACGACUUCAACGAUUUCAACCGCGGCAAGGCCCACAACCUCGAAUCUAUCUCAGUCAUGAACGAUGACGGCACCUUUAACAAGAAUGCAGGAUCGUUUGCUGGUCUGAAGCGCUUCGAUGCCCGGUACAAGGUCAUUGACGCUCUGAAGGAGAAGGGCCUGUAUGUGAAGUGGGAACACAACCCUAUGAAGAUUCCGCGGUGCGCCAAAUCGAACGAUGUGAUUGAGCCCAUCCUGAAGCCGCAGUGGUGGAUGAAGAUGGAUAGCCUUGCCGAGCCGGCUAUCAAGGCUGUCGAAAAUGGCGACAUCAUCAUCCGCCCCGAGACCGCGGAGAAGAGCUACUUCCGCUGGAUGCGUAACUUGAACGACUGGUGUCUGUCUCGUCAGCUCUGGUGGGGCCACCAGGCUCCAGCCUACUUUGUCCAGGUCGAGGGCGAGCAAGGUGAUGACAGCGAUGGUAACCUCUGGGUCACUGGUCGCACCGAGGAAGAUGCUCGUAAGAAGGCCGAGGCCAAGUUCCCCGGCAAGCAGUUCUCUCUGGUGAGGGACCCUGAUGUGCUGGACACCUGGUUCUCUUCGGGCCUGUGGCCCUUCUCCACGUUGGGAUGGCCGCGCCAAACCCACGACUUUGAGAACCUCUACCCGACCUCUGUUCUGGAGACAGGCUGGGAUAUUCUGUUCUUCUGGGUCGCCCGUAUGAUCAUGCUGGGGAUCAAAAUGACCGGCCAGAUUCCUUUUAAGGAGGUUUACUGUCAUUCAUUGAUCCGAGACUCCGAGGGUCGAAAGAUGUCCAAGUCUCUGGGCAAUGUGAUCGAUCCUUUGGAUGUCAUGGAGGGUAUCGAGCUACAGACCCUCCAUGGCAAGCUGUUGGUGGGUAACCUCGCUGAUAAGGAGGUGGCCGCUGCCACCAAAUACCAAAAGAAGGCCUUCCCUAAGGGUAUCCCGGAGUGCGGUGCUGAUGCACUUCGCUUCGCUCUGGUCUCCUACACCACCGGUGGUGGCGAUAUUGCUUUCGAUAUUCAGGUGAUUCACGGAUACCGACGGUUCUGCAACAAGAUCUACCAGGCCACCAAAUUCGUUCUCGGCAAGCUGGGUGAUGACUUCAAACCCCAACCCACUGCCACAAAGACCGGCCACGAAUCUCUCUCAGAGCGUUGGAUUCUGCACAAGCUCAAUGCGGCGGCCAAGGAUGUCAACGAGGCGCUCGAGCAGCGUGAAUUCUCCGUUACCGCCACGACUAUCUACCAGUACUGGUACAGCCAGCUGUGUGACGUGUUCAUCGAAAACUCCAAGUACUUGCUGACUGCCGAUGCCUCGGCGGAGACGCAAAACUCGGCCAAGCAAACCCUCUACACUGCCCUGGAAGGAGCACUGACCCUGAUUCACCCUAUCAUGCCGUUCGUCACAGAGCACCUGUGGCAGCGUCUGCCUCGCCGUCCCGGUGACAAUACAAUCUCGAUCAUGAAGGCUCAGUUCCCCGAGUUCAAGCCUGAAUUCCACGACCCGGCAGCUGAGACGGCCUACGAGCUUAUUCUGAACACUUCCAAGGCCAUCCGCUCCAUCCUGGCCCAGUACGACGUCAAGACCAAGGGCGACAUUAUCAUCCAGACCUACGACGCGACCAGCGCCAAGACUAUCUCCGAGGAAAUGACUACUGUCCAGUCCCUUGGUGGCAAGACUCUCGGAGGGUUGUCGCACCUGGGCCCGGAGAACAAGAACCGUCCGUCUGGCUGCGUGGUGUCUGCGGUGGGCGCGGAGGCGGCUGUCUAUCUGCGUGUGUCGAAGGAGGUUGCCCUUGAGCAGGAAGAGAAGGCCAAGGCCAAUAUUGACAAGGCGCGCGAUACUGUACGCAAGUCCCAGGGCAUCAUGGGCACCCCAGGGUGGAAGGAGAAGGUCAAGCCCGAGGUGCGCGAGCAGGAGGAGAAGCGACUGCGUGAUGCCGAGAGCGAGGUGGCCCGGUUUGAGGAGCAGAUCAAGGAAUUUGAGAAGCUGCGCCUGGAGUAA